UAUAUAUACCAUGAUUGUAAACAGCUGACAAUUUAUUUGACCUGUUAUUAUUUUUGGGACGCAUUUGUUUUAAAAGCAUUAAUAUUGUUUUUAAAGUGAAGGAGAGAAUUAAAACAAGCAGCAUGUUAGGUAUCCAAAAUUAUGGGAGUUCAUCGGAAAGUGAUUCUGAAGCAGAUGAAGCGACCAAAAAAGUGACACCUAAAGCACAUAAUACCGAUGCCGUCGCACAUUUGAAGCCUGUCGACCCCGCACUGUCGAUUGCUAAAUCCCUAGCCGUUUGUGCAGCUCCUGAAGUUGUGCCGAUGAACGCCGUUGAUGUUUCGCGCACCAUUGAUCCUACUGUGAAAGAAGUGACAUAUAAUCCAAAAUUUGAGGAACUGUACGCACCAGUCAAAGGUCCGGAAAAUCCAAACUUAACACAACAAAUGCGAGCGCCGCGCAACACUCUUUCUGGAUAUGUGGAAAAGGCACACAUUAACGCAUUUGAAUUUGAAAAUCAGCGGCGCACAUUCCACACUUAUGGAUAUGCAUUGGAUCCCUCCGUCGACGAAGUGGCAGAUGGUCAAGCAUUUGUCGGUGAUUUACAAUCGGCAUAUGAUGAUGAUGGAAAAACUGUGUUUGAAUCACCGAAAAUAAAAAAGAAGCGUAAGCAAGAUAAAAAUGACAAUCCAGAAGACAUUGAAGGUUUCGUCGGUCCUUGGGGUAAAUAUCAAGAUGAACAAUCCGUUGCACGACCAAAUGACCAAGAAAAAGCAGAGCUGGAAGAGAUUCUUGCUAAAAGACACAGGCGUAACCGCAUUGUUGAAGAUAAGCCAUUAGAGGAAAAAUCUGUUCUUCACAUCAAAGAUGCUUACGAUUAUCAAGGACGUUCUUAUCUACAUGCUCCUCAUGACUUGGGUAUUAACUUGCGUUCAACGUCCGCGCCUAACAAAUGUUUCUUACCAAAAUCACACAUACACACUUGGACUGGGCAUACAAAAGGUAUUUCAUCGAUUCGAUGGUUCCCACAAACAGCGCACUUACUGCUUUCGGGCUCAAUGGAUUGUCGCGUGAAGCUGUGGGAAGUGUUCGGCGAGCGACGCUGUAUUCGUACAUUCUCUGGUCAUAGACAGGCGAUCAAAGACGUCGCUUGGAACAAUAAAGGCACCAAAUUUCUUUCUGCUUCCUAUGAUCGGUAUAUAAAAAUGUGGGAUGCCGAAACUGGUGAGGUUAUAUCACGUUUCACAGCCCGCAAAAUGCCCUUCUGCGUCAAGUUCCAUCCGGACAACAACAAGCAACAUCUCUUUGUAGCAGGCACAUCUGAUAAGAAAAUUAUUUGCUGGGACACACGCAGCGGAGAUAUUGUUCAGGAAUAUGAUCGCCACUUGGGGGCAGUCAACACGAUUACAUUUGUCGAUGAAAAUCGACGUUUUGUUACUACCUCUGAUGACAAAUCGAUGCGUAUUUGGGAAUGGGAUAUACCAGUCGAUAUGAAGUACAUAGCCGAUCCCACAAUGCAUUCCAUGCCGGCAGUGACGCUUGCGCCAAAUGGCAAAUGGUUGGCGUGUCAGUCUUUGGAUAAUAAAAUCGUGAUAUUCUCCGCGUUAAAUCGCUUUAAAAUGAACCGUAAGAAGACGUUCAGUGGACAUAUGGUUUCGGGUUAUGCCUGUCAGCUUGACUUUUCGCCUGACAUGAGUUAUUUAGUUAGCGGAGACGGAGACGGUAAGUGCUAUAUAUGGGACUGGAAGACAACGAAAAUGUACAAGAAAUGGCAGGCGCAUGAGGGUGUGUGUAUAAGCGCAAUGUGGCAUCCGCAUGAAGCAAGCAAAGUGGUAACAGCCGGUUGGGAUGGCCUAAUCAAAUACUGGGAUUAGACGAAAGACAUUGCGUAGCAAAAUAUGUUAAGUAGUACACACCUCACACAGUUGUAAUAGUUUUAUAUUAAUAAUAGAAAUAAAAAUGUAAAAGAAGUUGUUUCUUAUAACUUAAAGAAUA